CAUAGUAUGCAGUAUUCCUCUAUAUUAUUGUGUGCCCCUCGGUUGAGUAGCUUUAUAGCACGCCGGACAGAAAGUCUUUGCCGUGUCUGUUGGCUUGUCAUAUAGGCAAAAGUACAGACGACAGUCCUGAAAAGUACUGCGUCCAGUAGUUGACGUCGCUCGUUCUUCACUUUUGGUACUUAAAGUACCUCUACGUACUUUGCUGUCGUAGUUGUUACACAUUUCACACAGCAAUCACAACACUUUAUACUCACACUUGAGCUUUGCUUAGCGAUCUGUUGCUAACAAAUGUGUCUCUUUGUUUGCAGCUAUCAAGCUAAGCUCGGCUAAACAGGCUUGGGAAGAUUCAAAAUGCAUUGAGACAAGUUUACCCGGAUACGACAAUUUGAUGAAUGAUGUUUUAGUGCUGUAAAAUAGUGAUGGAUGUACUCAGUCGAGACUUCAACUCAGUACUAAUUUGGAAAGUAGAUCUGCAGUGGAUGUAGUACGGGAACUCGACAUAGACAAACUGUGUUUGUCUCAGAGGCCAAACAUAGAUAUUUUUGAUAUUCAAGUUGUUUUGCUAAUAUUUCAGUCACAGCGGAUAGUUAUCUUUGUAUAAUAUGAAAGAAAAUAGAGCAAGCAAAGCAAAUUUAUUUAGUGCGUUUCAUACACAAGGUAAGUUAGUGUGCUUUACAUGAUUUAAAAGCAUUUAAACACAAAGAAAUUAAAUCAGCUUAUAAACAUUUAAAACAAAGAGAAAAUAAAAUACAAUUAAAACAGCGUGUACAGUGCAAGAAAUAUCGCUUAAAAACAUUCACACUUGGGGCUCACGUCACAUCCAUUAGCAUUUAUUCCAUUUGUGUGCAUUAAAACAGCAAAAUGCUGCUUCACCACGUUUGCUUUAAACACUGUGCUCCACUAUUUGACAUGAGUCUGUAGAUCUCAAGAGUCCUACUGGGUUUAUAUUCCAUGAGCAUUUCUUUCAUCUAUUCAGGACCUAAACCAUUUAGUGAUUUAUAGACCAGUAGCAGAACUUUAAAAUCUAUUCUAAAGCUGACUGGGAGCCAGUGUAGAGACUUUAGAAUUGGAGUAAUAUGCGCUGACCUCUUUGUUCUGGUCAGCUGCAGCAUUCUGAAUGAGCUGCAGCUGUUAAAUGCUCUUUUGGGGGAGUCCAGUCAGAAGACCAUUACAAUAGUCAAGUCUACUUGAGAUAAAAGCAUGGAUGAGCUUCUCCUGGUCUGCUGGGAUAUGCAAGUGUUUACUCUGGAUAGUAGUAGUCUUCAGAUGGUCGAAUGCAGUUUUAGUAAUUGAUUUGAUAUGACUGUUGAAACUCAGGUCGCAAUCUAUCAGUACACCAAGGUUUCAGACUUGGUCUUUGGUUUUUAAAGAGGGUUACUCUAGCUAUUUACUAAUGGCAAUCCUCUUUUUCUUUAUUUCCAAAAAAUUAUCUGUUUUGUUGCAGUUUAACUGAAGAAAGUUUUGGCUCAUCCAGUUAUGUUUUAGACAGUGACACAACACCUCAAUUGAACUGUAGUCAUCUGGAGACACUGCUAGAUAUAGCUGUCUAUCAGUAUAGCUAUGAUAGUCAACAUGAGGGUUCUGAAGAAUUUGACCAUAGCAUAAACAGGCUGAACAGGAAGGGUCCAAGAACUGACCCUUGAGGGGCCCCAUAGAUCAUUUCCAUUCAAUGAGAUUCAAGACUACCAAUGAUUACAAAAUAACUCCAUUCCUCCAGGUAGGACCUGAACCAUUUGAGGACUGUUCCAUUUAGUCUUACCCACGUUUCCAACCCGUUCAGCAGUAUAUUAUGAUCUACCGUAUCAAAAAACCGCACUGAGAUCCAACACGACCAGAAUUGACACCUUUCCCGAGUCAGUAUUCAACCUUAUAACAUUUAGAACUUCGAUAAGAGCAGAUUCUGUACUGUGAAGAGUUUGGAAACCUGAUUUAAAAUUUUUAAUUUUAGUCAAUUUAAGUUCAAGAAAUUGAGUUGAUUAAAAAUAACUUUCUCAACAAUUUGGUUAUGAAAUGGAGAUUUGUGAUGGGUCUAUAGCUCGCUAACAUGGAAGCGUCCAGUGUUCGAUUUUUUAGAAAAGGCUUACUGGCAACUACUUUAAAAGCUUGAGGAAACUCAACUGACCGAAGUGAGCAAAUGAUUAUUUGCUGCAAAUCAGCUAGCACAGACUUUGCAAGUUUUGAAAAAUUAAGAUGGGAAUGAAUCACGACAGCUCCUUGAUGGUUUCAGUUGCUGAACCGUUUUCUCAACAUUUUUUUGGUCAAAUGUAUAAAACAACACGAGAUGGGGCCUAACUGUGUGGUCUCCUCGAUUCCGUGCUCUCUUGUCUAUGUUUUUGUGUUUUUCGUUCAUCUUUGGAGACAUUACGCGACUCACUUACACAAGGGAUGGGCUAAACAUUAGGGAGUCCACUCCGGACUUUCUUUCACCAACUUUCACAAAUUUGCACAAGUUUUUUCCUCUGAGUUAGGGCAGCCGCGGUCUAUGGCGCAUGGAGGCGAAGGCGACGCCACAGAGGUAAGCGAGGUGGAGUGCAGGUCAAGCUCCGUAAGAGAGGAUUCUGAAUGCCGGUCCCGUCGAUUCACCUCACAAAUCUACGCUCCCUACACAAAGAAAUGGACGAGCUCCAUCUUCUCACAAAGACCAGUAAAGACUUUGGACGUUCCGCCGCCCUGUGCUUCACGGAGCCAUGGCUUCGUGAACGCAUCCCAGAUGGCGGCGUAAUGCUUCUGGGGUUCCAACUACGCCGGGCAUACUGCGUCACAGAGUUAUCGGAGAAAACAAAAGGCGGCGCGAUAUGCUUCUAUAUCAACGACGACAUCACAGGGCUAACACAUACUGUAGCCUGAACUUGGAGUCGCUGUUUUUGAACUGGAAGCGAUUCCACUCGCCGUAGGCGAGUUUGCUUCAUUCAUAUUCGUCUCCUCAAGCUAAAAGGAAUGUCGCACUGCUAUCUCUCGCUGAACAAGUCAACGAACUUGAAGAAAAGCACCCAGAUUCACCCCUCAUUAUUCUUAGGGACUUUAACAAAGCUAAAUUCAACCAUGAACUCACUAAAUACAAGCAGCACGUUGACUGUCCUACCAGGGAAAACAACAAUCUAGACCACUGCUAUACCACACUAAAUGACGACGCAUACCGUGCUAUCUCCCGUGCAGCUCUGAGCUCGUCUGAUUAAUGCUUAAUUCACUUAAUUCCAACAUACAGGAAAAACUUGAAUGUGCGAAGCCUGUGGUGAAAACAGUGAGGAAGUGGAGUUAUGAAGCAAAGUUUCAACUUCAAGACUGUUUAGACUGCACAGAUUGAAGUGUCUUUGAAACUGGCAGCCGAGAUGAAUAUAUGGACUGUGUCACAUCUUAUAUCAGAUUCUGUGAAGAUGUGUGUGUACCAACAGACAUUUCCCAUGUUCAAUAACAACAAGCCUAAUUCAUACAUCAUUGAAGAUCUUCGUACUAAGCGGCAAGAGCCAGAGCCCCCUCACAUUAAAGAGGAAGUGGAGGACGAAGUGGUCCACAUAAAAAAGGAAGAGGAACCCAUUUUGAUGAAAAAAGAGGAGGCAGAAGCACACCCCCACAUCAAACAGGAAGAGGAGGAGGAUAUCGCCAAGUUUCCAUCAACUGGUGUUCCUUUAAAGAGUGAAGAUGAAGGUCAAGGUGAGGAGAGCAGAGGGACGGAGCCUCCAGGCAGCAGCUCAAGUCAACACAUGACAACAGAAGGUGAUGGAGACCACUGUGGAGGAUCACAAGUUGACGGCCUCUUAGCGCCACUAUCAGAUAGUGACGACAUGAUGUCGCACUCUACUCACACUGAUGAUGGACAGUCUGAAGUUGAUAUGACAUUUCAAACUGACAACAAUCGAUGGAAAUGUUCUCAGUGUGGGAAAACAUUUGCUAAUAAGAGUAGUUUGAAACAACACAGGAGAACACACACUGGUGAGAAACCUUUUUCCUGCUCACUUUGUGGUCAAAGAUUCUCUGUGAAGGGAAGCUUAAAAACACACACAAGAUUGCACACUGGUGAGAAACCUUUUUCCUGCUCAAUUUGUGGUCAAAGGUUCUCUGUGAAGGGAAGCUUAAAAAUACACACAAGAUUCCACACCGGUGAGAAACCUUUUUCCUGCUCAGAUUGUGGUCAAAGAUUCUCUAAAAAGGCAAACUUAGAAAUACACACCAGAACACACACUGGAGAGAAACCUUUUUCCUGCUCAGUUUGUGGUAAAAGAUUCACGGCGAAGUCAGAUUUAAAUAAACACGCAAGAACCCACACUGGUGAAAAACCUUAUUCCUGCUCAAUUUGUGGUCAAAAAUUCUCUGAAAAGAGAAGUUUAAAAAUACACGCAAGAGGCCACAGUGGUGAGAAACCUUUUUCCUGCUCAGUUUGUGGCCAAAGAUGCUCUUAUAAGUAUCAGGCUAAUACACACAAGUGUGCUGGUGAGAAUAACAGUGAUCAAGAAGCUUUUAGUGAAAAUGUACGUUUAAUCUAAAAUGUAAUUGCUACUGACUUACAAAAAUCUAAAUUCUUGUAUUAUGGGUACCAACUGUUCUACACUAUUCUUGUCCAAAUAGGUUCUAAAAGCCCCGUGAGUGUUUAGAAUUAACACUGGUGCCAAAAUCAUUUCAAGGGACUAGUUAAAGGUGAGAACAUGGGCACUUAUUCCAUAGUGCUGGACUCAAAAAUGUCUACAGAAACAAAGACCUCCAAAAUACACUGUUGUCAUUUUAGAAUCAUUUACUGAUAAAAUAUUUGAUUUUCAGGCAGAUUUUUGCCCGCCCACAUUUUGGACAUGUCACAGCCUGACAGAUAACGAGCAGGAGCCAAUUACAUUUCCUCAUUGAACCUCUGUUUUCCAUGGUGUAAUUUUUGCACAUUGAAAGUCUGGGUGUAUUUUUUUUAGAUAAUAAUGAGUAAAAAUAGUGAUAGUGAAAUUCAAAUGCCUCCUUGAGAAAAGAUAACGAUGUCAUCCUACAUAAAGUAAAUCUUGCAGAUUUAUUUCCUCAUACGUCGGCUCAAUUUUGAAUUGAUGGCACCACAAAUGUAUAGUAUACAGUGGGGCAAAAAAGUAUUUAAGUAGGAGAGAGGCCUGUAAUUUUCAUCAUAGGUAUACCUCCCCUAUGAGAGAUAAAAUGAGAGUUAAAAAAUCUCCAGAAAGUCAGAUUGUCUUUUUAAAUAAUUUAUUAGCAAAUUAUGGUGGAAAAUAAAUAUUUGGUCAAUAACAAAAGUUCAUCUCAAUACCCUUUGUUGGCAAUGACAGAGGUCAAACAUUUUCUGUAAGUUUUCAAACACUGUUGCUGGUAUUUUGGCCCAUUCCUCCAUGCAGAUCUCCCCGAGAGCAGUGAUGUUUUGGGGCUGUCGUUUGAACAUACUUUUGAACUCCCUCCAAAAGAUUUUCUAUGGGGUUGAGAUCUGGAGACUGGCUAGGCCACUACAGGACUUGGAAAUGCUUCUUCCGAAGCCACUCCUUCAUUGCCCGGGCGGUGUGUUUAGGAUCAUUGUCAUGCAGAAAGACCCAGCCACGUUUCAUCUUCAAUGCCAUUGCUGGUGGAAGUUGGUUUUCACUCAAUACAUGGCCACAUUAAUUUUUUCCUUUACACGGACGGAUCAGUUGUCCUGGUCCUUUUACAGAAAAACAUGUCUAAAGCAUGAUGUGUCCACCCCCGUGCUUCACAGUAGGUAUGGUGUUCUUUGGAUGCAACUCAGCAUUCUUUUUCCUCCGAACACGACAAGUUGCGUUUUUACCAAAAAGUUCUAUUUUGGUUUCAUCUGACCAUAUGACAUUCCCCCAAUCCUCUUCUGGAUCAUCCAAAUGCUCUCUAGCAAAUGUCAGACGGGCCUGGACAUGUACUGGCUUAAGCAGUAGGAGGUUAUCAGUGGUCUUGUAUGUCUUCCAUUUUCAAAUAAUUGCUCCCACAGUGGAUUUCUUCACACAAAGCUGCUUACCUAUUGCAGAUUCAGUCUUCCCGCCCUGGUUCAGGUCUACAAUUUUGUUUCUGGUGUCCUUUGACAGCACUUUGGUCUUGGUCGUAGUGGAGCUUGGAGUGUGACUGUUUCAGGUUGUGGACAGGUGUCUUUUUUACUGAUAACGAGUUCAAAUAGGUGCCAUGAAUACAGGUAACAAGUGGAGGACAGAGGAGCCUCUUAAAGAAGUUGUUACAGGUCUGUGAGAGCCAGAAAUCUUGCUUGGUUGGCAGUGACCAAAUACAUAUUUUCCACCAUAAUUUGCCAAUAAAUUCUUUAAAAAGCUGAUUUUUUUUUUCUUCUCCUUUUUCCUCAUUUUGUCUCUCAUAGGUGAGGUAUACCUAUGAUGAAAAUUAUAAGCCUCUCAUCUUUUUAAGUGGGAGAACUUGCAGAAUUGGUGGAUGACUAAAUACUUUUUUGCCCCACUAUAUGUGUAAAUGUAUGUAUAGAUCACAAAGGCGUUUCUGUAGACGGCAUUGUGUGAAAGAUGUGGACUUUGGCUGGCUGUCUUAACGUCAGAUGACCCAUGAUGGUAUCCUGUCCUGAAACUGCAGCUGAUCUGAUUUGAGCUUACCUGAUCCAUAAAAUCUAAAAUAUUGGGCUGAUUGUUGUAAUAUUUUCAGAGGUUGAAGCUGCCAUGAGUAGAGAUGUCCGUGUAAACUUUGGUGAUGAUUGUUAACAGUUUUUGGAUAUUAAGCCACUUUUAUUGGGUUCAUGCAUGAGGCCUGCAAGGAUGUGGGACUCGCCCGCCAUGUUUGUAUAAUUUUAAUGAUGACACCCUCAUAAAUUUGUGAUUUUUCAGCACAUUAAAUUAGUGAUUGAACAUAAUUUUGGGGUAAAAGGUGUUCAUGUGAUGCAAUGAUAUAGGACAGCAACAAAAGAUAUAAUACCAACUUGAACAAAGUGGUGUUUGGAAACUCAAGCAAAUUGUAUUUUUAUUUAUGUUUUUAUUUCCUUAAAAGUUGACUAAUUACUGCCACUUGAUAGUAUGGUACAUUCCUUUUCCCACAUCAGGUAUGCCAGUGCUUUUCAAUUUUUGAUUUUGGCGAUGAAAAAGAGGCAUUCGAAAGGGAAUUAGUUCUUUACCAAUUGCUCCAAAAUGUAUUGUUAUUUGAAAUGACGACCAGUUUUAUUUUCUUACAAACAAACAAUACAUAAAAUGAACUUGUUUGUGAAAUAUGGACCUUGAAGACCCAUACUUUCUUUGAGCAAUGCAUGUUUUGUCCGAUGUUUUAGUUAUGUCAAUAUCAAAUAAGUGAAUGAUUGAUUGAAAUAAGACUGUAAAGAAACUUUGACUUUUGGUGGUAAACUGUAAUCGUUAAUAAAAUACACUCCUUUAAACAGCGAGGGUGACUCAAUUUUCU